CCCGCAGCCGCCCCCAUGGCGCUGGAACAGGCGCAGGGCGACGGCCCCGACCCGCCGCGCCUCUGCGAGCCCGGCCCCGCCGCGCCGCCGGGCAGCGGGAGCCCGCUCUCCGCCCCGGAGAGCCCCAGCGAGCCCGGGCCCAGCGGGGACGCGGAGCCCGCGGCCGCCCCCGGCCCCGGCGGCGAUGCGGAGCCCGGGCCCGGCGGUGCGGAGGCCGCGGGACAGAGCGGAGCGGCGGCCGAGGAGCCCGACGAGGAGGCGGCCCCGGCCAGGCCAUCGCAGAACAUCGCGGUGCAGACCGACUUCAAGGCGGCUGAUGCAGACGUGAACACAGACCAGGACAUUGAGAAGAACCUGGACAAGAUGAUGUCCGAGAGGGCCUUGCUGAAGGAGCGCUACCAGGAGGUGUUGGACAAACAGAGGCAGGUGGAGAAUCAGCUGCAGGUCCAGCUUAAACAGCUCCAGCAGCGGCGGGAAGAGGAGAUGAAAAACCACCAGGAGAUCCUGAAAGCCAUUCAGGAUGUUACGAUCAAGCGAGAGGAGACUAAGAAGAAGAUGGAGAAAGAAAAGAAAGAAUUCUUGCAGAAAGAGCAGGAUCUCAAAGCUGAAAUUGAGAAACUGUGUGAGAAAGGCAGAAGGUUGCUGAAGGAGCAGGAGGAGAAGGAAAACAAGAUUGCCUCUCUGAUUGCAGAGCAGUCUGAUGAGAAGCAGCUGUGGGAGAUGGAGCUGGACAAGCUGAAGAACCAGCACAAUGAAAUCAACAGGAACAUUCUCGAGGAGACAGAGCGGGCCUGGAAGGCGGAGAUCCUGUCCCUGGAGAGCCGGAAGGAGCUGCUGGUGUUGAAACUAGAAGAAGCAGAAAAAGAAGCAGAGCUACACCUCACCUACCUCAACUGUGCUUGCAGGUCUGCACCGCCCACGCUGGAGACCAUGAGGCCAAAGCAGGAGUGGGAGAUGAGGCUCAACAGGAUACGUAUGACCAAGCAGAGUGUCCGAGAUCAGUUCAAUGACCACAUCCAGAUGGUGAGGAAUGGCACAAAGCUGAGCAGCCUCCCCCAGAUCCCAACACCAACGCUGCCUCCUCCACCUUCAGAAACAGAUUUCAUGCUGACGGCAUUCCAGCCCAGCCCCUCCCUGACCCCCCGGCUGCCCUUCCCCAUCGGGCCCGUGCCCGUCCCCAUGGUCAUGCCCAGCGCCGAUCCCCGGGCUCUGUCCUUCCCCCUGCUGAACCCCGCCAUGUCCAGGCCCAACCAGCCCUCCCCACCCCUGCCCGCCUCCCAGGGCAGGAGCAGCCCGGUGGUGGCAUCGCUGCUGGGCACCCACAGCCCCCACAUGGCGCCCGCUGCCCCCAUCCCUCCUCCGCCCGGCCUGGGCGGUGCCCCCGAGUUCCCCCGGGCCCAGCCGGCCGACAAGCUGGAGAAGCUGCUGGAGAAGCUGCUCACCCGCUUCCCUCAGUGCAACAAGGCCCAGCUGACCAACAUCCUGCAGCAGAUCAAGACUGCCCGCAGGACCAUGGCCGGCCUGACCAUGGAGGAGCUGAACCAGCUGGUGGCAGCCAAGCUGGCAGAGCAGCAGGAGCGGGCAGCGGCCGGUGCUCAGCCUCUGGGCCGGAUCAGGGCCCCCAUGUUCUCUGCUCCCCUGCCUCAGAUCAGCACGCCCAUGUUCCUGCCCCCGGCCCAGGUCGCCUACCCAGGAACGGCGUCACACACCCCAGCUGCCUGUAAGCUGUGUCUGAUGUGCCAGAAGCUCGUGCAGCCCGGUGACCUUCACCCCAUGGCCUGCUCACACGUGCUGCACAAGGAGUGCAUCAAAUUCUGGGCACAAACCAACACGAAUGACACUUGCCCCUUUUGCCCAAGCCUCAAAUGACGGCUGCUGGGACAGCGUGGGCCCCUGGGAGGAGUUGCUGUGAAUAGACAGGAUCAGUUCUAAGAUUUCUACAGUUCUAUAUUUAUACGAUCAUGUAUACACAUGUACAUUUUUAUUAUAUAGGUAAUGUGUGUAUAGAAAGUCUGUAAACAUACAAAUUCAUAAAUAAAGUGUGUAUAUUAUGCAGUGAUUUGCUGCAGCUCCUCAUUUCUCAGUCUUCAGCCUUGCUGGCUUCUUCCAAAUGAGGGUCAGUGUUCCCUGCUUGCUGGGAACCACCUUUUCCCACUUGGCUCCCAUCAGCUCCUUUCCUAGGGCCAUUCCUCAUCACCUGCUGCCCCAAUCCCUGCCAUUCAUCACCUGCUUUUUCCCCUCGUGCCAGUGAAUGAGUUGCGGACAAAGAGCCGAUUUUUGUGGUCAUUUAUUUUAAUGUCAUAAUAAUUUACCGUGUUAACAUUCAUUGUUCUUACAUAGACACUGGGUUACAGAGUACUGGAGCCUCCAGCGACAGCCCGUGGUCCCAUCCUGUCCUGUCCCCUCCCCUGCUGUCCCCGGGCCCGGGGAGGGAGCACAGGGACGCGGCUGCGCUGCAGCUCGGGAUAAACCAACCUGUCCCAAUUCCUGCGUUCCCCCUCCUGUCCUUCCUGCUAAAGCUGGGCUGGCUCACCAACCCUUUCUCCAUGGAUCUCGGUGGGAUUGCGAGGUGCUCAGCACCGCUGAAAAUCUGGCAACGACUCUCUAAAAAUCCCCCCUCCCUUUCCUGGCAGUCGGUGGCAGGAACCGGGCACUGCUGGCAGCCCCGGUGCCCACCCAGCUCUCGGGGCAUGUUUUAAGGCAGUGGUCCACAACAGAGUCUCUGGGGUCCUGGGGGUCCUGGGCAGGCACGAGGGUGGGGGAGAGCGUUGUCCUCUUGCAGGGAGUGGCUGGGUGGGGUGUGGAGCGGGGCUGGGGGCUCGGUGUGAGCAGGGGCAGUGUGGGGGCUGUUGUGGCAGUGCCCCUGCAGGGUGGCUGCUUUCCUGCUCUGCCGGUGUUUCCUGGCUCCCUCGCUGCCUUCCCAGAGAGACGUUUUGCUGCAGGGUUAAUUACCAAGCUCUGUGCUCGGUGAGUGCUGUGGGUGCCCAGUCUGUCCCUGCCUGACCCGGUGGCUCCGUGGGCAGCUGCCAGCUCAGCCCUGGCACUGCAGGUAUGCCCUCUGCAUUCAUGGAGGAGUGAUGCCUUUCAACUGUGGAAUCUCCGUGUCUGAGCCCUUUCCUACCCAGGCUGGAGGCAGAGAAGCAAGGGAACACAGCACUACCACUGCCUGCAGGGUCACAGGUGUCUGCUCUGGGGAAGGGACGGUGAUCCUGCAGCACGGGGAGGAUCCUCACACACCGAAAAUCCUCUCUGAGGACAGAGGCGCCUUCUGUGCUCAGGGUCCUUUGGGCUAGUGAGCCACUGCUCUGCGUGCUCCAGCCCGGCAGCCCCUCCUCGAGCCACCACCACAUCUCCCACCACACACACGGGGCUGCACUGUGAGCCCUGGCCCUGCGUGCUGCCAACAAUGGCUGAGCAGAAGGCUAAAAAGAUU